CCUGCGGUUACGAGCAUCAUCAUACAUGCUGGGGUCACAGGAAGCGCCAAACCUCAUCCGAGGGGCGCCGAAACAUCAUAGAUCCAUCAGCACCUCCUUCAAUGAGCUUCAAUCUAUUCCAACUUUUGAGUUUAACUGUCUUAUUUUGAGUUUAAAGCUUUUCCUUUCUUCGUUUUGCAUUAGCAUCUCCAUCUGCAGCCUCACACGGCGUGAGCAGAUCUCUGAGACAGGAGAUGGUCAGGUUCCAGGUUAAGAAAAGAGCAGUCAAAACAAAGCAGACCACAGUGAGAGACACAGCAGGCAUGAGAGCGCGACACGGAUGAACUGCAGGAGGAGACGGCUGUAAUUUAUGAGGCAGUGAAGGUGUCUCCCAGCAGAGCAAGCCUCCUGUGCUUCCUCCUCCUCUUUCUCCUCCUCAUCUGUUUUGAUAGAGUGGAGCACAGCUGCGUUCCAAGCCGUCACAUUAUCUUUAGAGCGCUGAAGCCUUCACAGCCCAGAAAGGUGGCAGAGGCGGUUCACCUGAGGCGAUCCAGCGGACGUUUCACUUCAACCGGAGCCUCAGUUUUUACCCCUUUUUCCUGGAGUGAAGAUCUUCUCUUUCUGGUCUUUCCUUUCACACGUGGAUCCUUAAGGAGGGAAGCGGCAUGGAUCUGAUACACCUCUGGCUGCUCGCCACCACCUUCACGCUGCUCCACCAAGCUUCGGCUUUGAGCCCCGCAGCAGAGGAAGGCGCCGCCGUGCAGCUCAGCCACGCCGCCCACCGAAGGGAGAAACGCUGCUCCUGCGAGAACCAGAAGGACAAGGAGUGUAUUUUCUUCUGUCACAUUGGCAUCGUUUGGGUCAACACCCCGAG